UUGAUUACUUCCAAGCAAUUCAAGCACCACGCAACCAAAUUCUAGUACCGGUGCCGAUACAGUUAUUCCCAAAGACUCUGUGCUUCGACACGCAGGUACUUCCAGUCAAGUCCACGUCCGAUAGCACCUGAAGUAUACGGAAAUCUUCUUUGCUUCGGCGACGUCUAGUCGGUUCGAAAAAAAAUUGUUGAAUUUUACGGAUAUGUGAAUAUGAUCCAGUGACUCUAGUGUUGUCGAUUGUUUAAGAAGACUGUAAGAGCGAGUUCCUUAUUUAAGUAGACAGAAUAAUAACAUAUACCAAAUGGAAGCCAAAUUACUAGUCAUCGUUUCCCUCACGCUGGCAACGCAAUGCCCCCAAAUAUAUGGAGAAGAUCAUGCCAGUGAAGACUUCAGCAAUUUCGCUGAAUUGGCAGCAGAACUCUUCCAAUCACAAGGUGGUGAAGGCUUGGGAUCUAUGGUACAGGGCUUAAUGGGGAGUGCCAUAUCUGGUGUCCUUUCAGGAGGCGACGGUGAAGGUGCAAAAACAGCUAGCAAUUUAGGUCGAGUUCUUCAAGGACUUGGUAACAUGGUAGGUCCAAAUGCCAGAGGAAUAGAUACAGACGUUUUAUCUGGAAUUGUGGGGAUGGUCGGUAAUUCCCUGGACCCACAAAACAAAGAAAAGGGUGGUGUGGAUGUUCUUUCUGUAUUAUCGACGGUUGGUGGUGUUUUGAGUCAGCCUGGAAAUGCAGAAAAACUAGAACAUAUAACAGGAUUAAUGCCAUUGGCGGUUGACUUCUUCAAUUCCAUUUAUGGACCAGAAGCUCAACAGAGAGAGAAGAGGCACGCUGAACAUGCAGGGUCUUUUCCACCACUCUUGGAAACAUUUCACCUGAUGGCCGACCAUUUCCUGAAUUCCGAAUUCGGCAAGAAUGUCAUGAAAACGAUAGGAGCAGAAAAAAUCAUCAAGAUUUUUUCUGAUGAAACCGGAAAAUUCAGCUACGACAAAUUCGUAGAGUUGAUGGAAAAUCUAUCCUUCAGGAGGCAUUGGAUCCACAUGGUUACACUGAGGAUAGGAAAAUUCGUGGAGUAUUAUUCCGAUCCUAAAAUUUAUGAAAAGUAUGCCACCACAUUGCAGUUGAUGAUCAACAGCUAUCUCACCCACCAAGGAUAUCCCAAAUCAGUUCUACUCGAUCCUGUUGCGCCAGUGAAAAGCACAACUGCUUUAGUGGACUUUAUGGCAGAAAAAUAUUUGGGCACCAAAAUAAAUUCAAAACAUUAUGUUCAACCUAUGGUUUCGUAUGUUGUGCACAUAUUUGGCUUGAUCAAAGAACAAGGCCGAGCUAAAGGAGGCACAGAAGGCAUUUCGGCCAAGUUAGCAGACUCUAUCAAUUUAGAAAUAAUAGAACCGAUUGCUCGUGUGAACCGAGCAUACAGGUUUUUGAAGAAAAAUCCCAAAUGUGAUAGGUAUGUGUUAUGUUUGGUGAACCAAAAGGAUACUAGUGCGACUACCAUCCCAGGUCUCAAAAUGCUGCUGAGUAAAGGUACAAGCUUUGUUGCUAGUUGGGCCUUGAGUACAUUGUCUGAAGCGACGAUGCUGGAAUAUUUCAAUCUCAUCAUGUACGAAGACCAAUGCCAGAAAUAUUUCAAACCAGCCUGCAGUGAUUUUCACGAAGGGGAAGUGAAAGUAACGACUGAAUAUAUUCAUAAUGAACUUUAGGUUAAGUAGAUGGAAUAAUAUAAUAUAAUGUGAAAUAUAUAUAAAUUAUUUAACGA